AUGACUCCCCAGCGAAGCUGUCCAGAGGUUCCCAUAUCCCCACACAGGUCUUUCUGGUUGGUGACCCUUUGGUGGAUUCAGACAAGAACAAAAGAUUGUAGCCACCUUCACGAACCGACCCGCGGGCCAGUGCUGCCCAAUAAACCGCUCACUCGAACCUCAAGAUUCUAUUUUGGCUUGUCCGGCCGAAGUCCCGUCGAGAUUCAGCCUCGUCCAGGAUACCACACGACAAGAGGCUCAAUUUCGUCCAAGGAAAAGGGCUUGUUCACCUGCUUCCAACUCGCCCAUUUGAAACAGAGGCUGACGGGUCGAGAGUUGGAGCGCGAGCAGAAGGUGGAUCGUGAUCGUGUUCUCGUAAAUCCUUCAAGGGACACCAAAAUCUUUGAUUUCGAACCGUUGAACGGCCCGGUCUUCCUCCAGGAUUCUGGCUUCGCCUAG